AUGGUAUCAGCAGCUUUUGCUUCACAACAAUCUAAUCGAUCCUCAAUCAUGUCUUCCCCCAACAACACCAUCCAAAUAUCAAAUUCCCAAUCUGUUGUAGUUCUCAAUAACCAUGCAACUGUCAAGCUUAAUGGCAUGAACUAUCCUGCAUGGAAAGUACAACUCAAUGCCCUUCUUGUAGGGUAUGAUCUUAGUGGCUUCGUUGAUGGCGAACUUACGUGCCCAGCACCCAAUCAUCAUGAUUUCAUAUAUUGGAGGCGCCAUGAUCAAUUGAUUCUUCACGCAAUCAUCUCCUCAGUUGAUCAAAAUGUGAUCACAUUGCUUGGAAACGUCAAGACAUCCAAACAGGCAUGGGAUAUCCUUAACAAGAGAUAUGCCAGCAAGACCCAUGCUCGAAUCAUGCACUUGAAGGAACGCUUAACUCGGUACACGAAGGGCUCUCGGUCCAUGACUAAGUAUCUUCAUGGAAUUAAAUCCUUGGCUGAUGAAUUAGCCAUCAUCAACUCUCCUUUGGAUGACGUUGAUCUUGUCAUCCAUACCAUCAAUGGUUUAGGUGAUGAAUAUAAAGAGGUUUCUGCUGCCAUUCGCACAAGGGAAAAUCCUAUUGGAUUUGAGGAACUACAUGAUCUUCUCUCUGAUGCUGAAAAUUAUCAUAAGAGGGAUGAUAAUACUAAUGAUCUACAACUGGUGGCCACUGCACAUGCUACACAAAAGAGAAAGCAUACCUAUAACAAAAAGUCUUCUCCUUAG